CCAUGAGACUCUCAGCUUGCACAGCGCUUGUUUUCCUUUUGAUUCAAGGAACAUUGAGAGCGUGCACAGUGAAGAAACUGGGCAGCAGCACAGGACGAUUUGCCAAUGCCACCUUAGUGCGCCUGUCAGAUUUUCUGAGUGCAGGGUAUAAGAAAGGAGUGAGACCUGUGAAAGACUGGAGAACAUCCACUAUAGUGGCCAUAGACCUGAUGGUUUACUCUAUUCUCAGUGUGGAUGAGAAGAACCAAGUUUUGACAACAUAUGUGUGGUACAGACAGUCAUGGAAGGAUGAGUUCCUGGUCUGGAACCCAGAAGACUUUGAUGAAGUCAAACAAGUUUCCAUACCCACAGCUAAUGUGUGGGUGCCCGACAUCCUCAUCAAUGAGUUUGUAGAUGUGGGAAAGUCUCCAGACAUUCCUUAUGUCUAUGUGACACAUGAAGGACUGGUGCGCAACUACAAGCCUAUCCAGGUUGUCACAGCCUGUACACUCAAUAUCUACAACUUCCCAUUUGAUGUUCAGAAAUGCAGUCUCACCUUCCAGAGCUGGCUUCAUACCAUUGAUGACAUCAAUAUCACCCUGAUGCGAAGCCCCGAGGAGCUCAGUGAGGACAAGAGUGUCUUUAUGAACCAAGGAGAGUGGGAGCUGCUUCAUAUACUGUCCAAGUACAAGAUCUUCAGUGUGGACAAUGAUGACUACUAUGCUGAGAUGAAGUUCCAUGUGGUGAUCCGGCGGCGGCCUUUGUUCUACACUGUGAACCUGCUGAUGCCCAGUAUCUUCUUGAUGGUGAUGGACAUUGUGGGUUUCUAUCUGCCACCAGACAGUGGAGAGAGGGUUUCCUUCAAGAUCACUUUGCUGCUGGGCUAUUCCGUCUUCCUCAUCAUUGUAUCUGACACUCUGCCAGCCACCGCCAUAGGAACCCCACUGAUAGGUGUGUACUUUGUGGUUUGCAUGGCCCUCCUGGUGAUCAGCCUUACAGAAACUGUGCUGAUUGUACGUUUGGUCCACAAGCAAGACCUGCAGCCCCCUGUACCCCACUGGGUAAAGUACCUUGUGCUGGAGAGAGCUCCAGUCCUCUUCUGCAUCCACAAGAAUCAUCGCUUCUGCUCUAGACUGUCCUCCCAGGCGUCUGACCUGGAGAACUACAAGGACAGCAGCUAUGGGACUGCCCCAUGCACCCUCCAUCCCACCUGUGAUCGAGUUCGAAGGCUCAGUCAGCAUGACAGAGAAGGUGGGUUGCUUGGACUUGGCCUGCCUCCCUCCAGGGACCCCACCCCACCCGUCAUGGACAACAUCCUGCAGGAAGUGACAGCAAUACGCCACUUUCUGGAGAAGAGGGACAGGUGCCGGGAAGUUGCUAAGGAGUGGCUGCAAGUUGGCUAUGUGCUGGAUGUACUGCUCUUUAGAGUUUACUUAGUGGCCAUGGUGGCCUACAGUAUCACACUGGGGACCCUGUGGUCAGUGUGGCAGGUUGCCUGAAUCUUAUUACUUCACUGAUGUGGAAACAAACUCAGCGAAUAGAGCGUAGACUUUACAAGACCGGAGCUGGUGGCUCUAUGCCCUGUGUAGCUCGGCGGAUACUGGGAGGCACUCAUAAAGUAAUCGGACAGGGAAAUGGUUCCUAUAAUUGGAACCUACUGUAUGUACAUUUAAAGGUUAAGUGACCGAAUGGGUUUGCUAUUACAGUACUUGGAAUACUAAAACAAUGUUCAUCACUUUAAAUACAAUAAUAUCUCAGUGUAAGAAUCUAAAUUGGUCAAACCUUAACAAGCUGUUACAAUAAAGGUCAAACCUGAGGAAACAAAAUGUGGGGACAUCCCACACUGAAGGUAUAGUAAAGAAUUAGAGGCGAGCUAGUGACCAGUAGCACAUCUGUUAACUGUUUUUAU